AUGUCUCAUUUUUAUCAAAUUGCAUUGCUAGGCGCUGGAGGAGUAGGUAAAAGUGAUUUAAUACUUCGCUUUACACAAAAUAGGUUUGAAGACUGCUAUGAUCCCACUGGUUGUCAUAGAUAGGAAUGCUUUAUAGUGCCGAAUUCCUUAGAAAAUUUUCUUGAUAUUGAGACAUUUCUAGGGAAAAUUGUUUAAAUUUAGAAUUUAACGUCUAGCUCCCAGAAAAAUUCCAUAAUAUCAAAAUGUUCAGGUCAAAAGGCAUGCAUCAGAUCCCACUAUAGAAGACCAAUAUACUAAAAAUUUAGAGUUGGAUGGAAAAGCGGUUAAAUUAGAAAUUCUGGAUACUGCAGGACAAGAAGAGUUUUCGCAUCUGAUUAAUGUAUAUUUAGAACAAAGAGAAGCAUUCUUAUUAGUUUACUCAAUAAUUGAUAUGCUAAUAUAUAAGAAUUUUCAUCAUCACUUUUAAAAAAUUAUAUUUAAAAAUUUAAAAUAACCAAUUAAUUACCUGAAUAUUUAGAAAAAUGGGUUUACAUAUUCUUUAGAAUAUGUUAAGAAACUAUGCCAAAUGAUUUUGGAGAAGAAAAGAGACAUUCCUAUCAUGAUUAUCGGAAAUAAAGCAGAUCUGGACAAAAAUAGAAGAGUUAAAAUAGAAGAAAUUCAAGAAAUUGCUAACUCUCCCCUCUGUGGGUGAGCAAACGCACUGGAAAAAUCCCUCUGUAAGCAAAAAAAAAUUUUUAAAAAAAUUAUUUUGCUGUAUAAGUAAUAUAUAAAUUGUUUUAAAAAAAUUUUGUUCGCUCACAGAGGGCGAGUAAGCUGUUUAAAUAUUGUUCUUAUAUUGAAGCUUCAGCUAAAUUGAAUUUUAGUGUCACUGAAUCAUUUAUUGAAAUAGUUAGGCUUAUUUGAAAGAAAAAUGUUGAUAAUUUAUUAGAAAUAGAAGACAAAGAAAUAGAAAUUGAGGUUCCUCUUUUAAAUCAAGACAAAGCUCUGACAAGCAGCUGCUGCUCAAUAAUUUAA